AUGCCCAGGGCUAAGGCAAAGAACGAGGAUCCGGUUGAGGGCGGAUCGGACGUUGACAUGGAGGAGGCUCCUACAUCACACCAGCCUGAGAACGUGGACGAUAUGUCGGUGGACCACAACGACGACGACGAGGAGGAAGGGGGCUUCGAAGAGGAUGACGAUGACGAAGAAGACGACGUGCAGAGAGUAAGGCUGCUCCCUGGCUCAACGCCGACUGCCGCCUCGUUUGAAUUCCUCAACGAGGGCCAUACCCUCGGAAAUGCCUUGAGGUACAUCAUCAUGAAGAAUCCCGACGUUGAGUUUUGCGCCUACGCAAUUCCUCACCCCUCAGAGGCGAAGAUGAACGUGAGGAUCCAGACAUUUGAGGGCACCACCGCGAUCGAAGCGUUGCAGAAAGGGCUGCGGGACCUGCAGGAGCUCUGCGACAUCGUGACUGAUAAGUUCAUUGAUGCGAGGGAUCGGUUUGCGGCG